AUGGAGAGUCCAUUUCAAAAUAGAGAAGUUAACGAUGCACAACUAGCUUUUAAUCAUAAGAAUACAUCGCAACGAUUUCAGCUAGGUGAAUUUGAAAUGAUAGCUGCUUCUGAUAACAUUAACAGCCGUAGUGAUACAGAAACAUUUCUCGGAUAUACUUCCAAGUCAAUAUUACCAAUGGCAACAUCAUCAAGCACCAAUCGACCUCAUUCCAAUAACAGAAAUGUGGGUAUUAUACCAAGUAAUGUGCCUAAAAUUAAUCGCACAUCCUCACCAACAUAUAGCUAUACUGGUACUAAUCGAAUAGCGCCAACAACAUCAUCAAUAACUGCUCUACAAGGCCAAAUCAGUAUAGCUAAUAUGGCCUCAGGCUCAGUUGCCAAAAAUAAUAAUGAUAAAUCUAACAGUAGCAGCUUGAAUAAAACGCAAGAGGAAUUUAACAUAUCGCCAUCUAAGCUGAAUGCAGCUUCUGAAUUAGAUACUAUGACAAUUCAACGACAACGACAUGAAUUACAGGAAUUGAAUGAUAUGGUUCAAGCGCAUCAGAAAGAAAUUGCAGUCUGGGAAGAAGAUAGAGAAAGGUUGAGGCAAUCAGAGCAUAAGUGUGCUCGGCUAGAGGGUGAACUUAAACAUAGACGAGAACAAGUGAAAUCGUUACAAACGAGAAUAAAAAUUGUCGAGAGUCAAGAAUAUUCUAAAUCACGUGCACUCGAAGACGCCCAGGAAAAAAAUGAAACCCUAUCUACUUCUCUACGAGACUUAUCCACCUCAGUUGGUCAUUUGCAAGCUCGUGAGCAAGAAUUACUUACUAUGUUUAACUUGAAGGAAAAUGAUUUGACGGAAGCAAACAAGAUUUGUAACGAUCUCAGGAAAAAGUUCAAGAAAUUAGAAAUUAUGUGUGAGGAGUGUACUAGGUCAGAAAAAGCUGCGCGAGCUGAUCUUGCUCAAUGGCGACAACAAGCUGCUGCAGCUAAGGAAGAAGUUGAAAAAUUAAGAAAUGAAAUUGAAAAACAGUGCAUAAGUGGUGAUAAAGCACAAGCUGAGCUGUCAAAAAACAAGCAAGAAGUGGCAGUUUUACAGAAAGAGUUAUUUUUAGCAAAUGAGCGAGACAAGAGAAAAGAACAACUUAUUGAGUUACAAAGAUCUAAACAAGAGAGAGCAGAUGCAGAAUUAGCAAAUCUUCGCCAGGUGUAUGAUCGACAACAGCGGGAUCUGUCAAUUCUUCGACUUAAUUAUCAAACAUCAAGAGACAGAGCAUCAAUGCUUGGGACCGAGUUGACGUUUGAUACAAGUAAUAUCGACAACGAACUAAAUUAUGAAGGUACUGAAGAUGCCGAGGACCUGGAAGAUGGUGCAUCAUCAUCAUUUAAAGAGGAUAAUGCUAUUUAUGGCAGUUUAGGCAGCAACGCAGCAAAUGAGAAUCAGGAUAAAAGUCAGACCGGAGAACAAUCACUAUUAAUGUCAAAAAUGGAACAGACUUUAAAAGAAUCUCGUGAAAUAGUUGAAAACUUGCAGCAGAGAUCAAUCGUUCCGUCUAAUUCGAUACAUGAAGGAAAAGAGCAGCAUUCUUUUACUAAGAACAGUCAAAUAAGCACUGAAUAA